AUGAGCGAAGCAUGGAUCUCCAUCUCUCCCGGUAUCUCAGGCAUGCGCAUGUUCGAGUGUGGAACUAAGACUGCAGAGGAGUGUGCGUGGUAUAAGCAUCGAUGGCACUUUUGGUAUGUAGCAGAUUACGUAUUUGCGCUGCCGACUGUUGCGUUUUUCAUGAGUGGGAUUGGGGUUUUCGUUGUUGCGCACGUUAUUUCUGGGUUGUUUUUGCGGCAGAGGAAGGCAGGACGGGGUGUGUUGGUGAGGAAGGUGGUGGCGGGAUCGAGGUAUUUGGCGUAUCGCGGGUUCCAUGUUAGGCGGUUGAAGUGGAACUCUGCGCCGGUUGGGGUGUUGUUGCUUGGUGCGGCUGGUGUGGUGUUCUUUUUUUGUAUGGACCUGAUACCGCAACCGUACUAUUGGGCUAGCAAGAAGUUUGGUAAUUCACCGCCAUUGGCUACACGGUCGGGAUGGCUGGCGUUGGGAUGCAUGCCGUUUCUCUUUGCUACGGCGAGCAAAACGAAUUGGAUCACACUGGUCACCGGAGUAUCGUAUGAACGACUUCAAGUAUUUCAUCGAUGGAUUGCAUACGCCUUUUUCGUUCUUGCGCUUAUGCACACAUUUCCCUUCAUCGUAUACCACAUCCAUUGGCACGAUAUGGAGCACCAUUUCUCGAACAGUCUGCUAUUCUACUGGACGGGGAUAGUAGCGCUCGUCUUUCAAGCAUGGCUGACGUUCAUGUCGCAUAGUGUCUUUCGAAACCGUGGAUACGAACUCUUCAAAGCAACACACUUCUUUGCUGCCGUCGUCUUCAUGAUAACCUUCUUCUGGCAUUGUGAUCAAACGCUGACUAGUUGGGACUACUUCGUUGCUACGGCUGCCAUAUACGUUCCUUGCUACGUAUACCCAUGGCUUCGCACGGCAUUUGAAUACAAAUGGACUCAGCGAGCACGGGUCACAGUUGAGGAUAACGGGUUCAUCCGUGUUUCCAUUCCGGCGACGUUCCACUGGACUCCGGGCCAGCAUUGCUUUCUACGCUUUACGAGUUUUGGUUUCCUAUCUACCCUGACUGCUCACCCAUUUACUAUUUGUUCUACACCUGCCAAGAUGUCGGCAGAAUCUAAUGAGCUGGUGUUUUACAUUCGCCGUCAGGGCGGGUUCACAGAAAAACUAUAUCAGCAUGCGUUCACUAAACCCGACGGCGACGUCCCGGUUCUUGUGGACGGUCCUUACGGCGGUGUUAGUUGGCUAAAACUGUGUAAUGCAGACCGUCUUCUAGUUAUCGCUGGUGGAUCUGGUGCCGGCUGGACCUUGCCAUUCGUUGAGUAUUUUCUUCGAUCAGUUGCAAAUUUCACCGACGAAGCAGCACCUCGUACCUCCUAUACGGCCCCGACAUCGCUACGCGUUGUACUUGCGACCCGCGAUACCAAAAGUCGCUUGUGGUUCGAGCAAACCCUGCAAACUAUACUUGCACAAUACCCAACUGCAGUCUUAUCAUCCGUCCAAAUCGAAGUCCACCUCACUGGUGAAACCGCAAAUCAAGCUGACAUCCUGCCAAAAACAGUACAGCCAUCAACCCAUUCAGUGCCAUCUGAAGCUUCGAAUGACAUCGUAGUUGGCACCGAGAAAGAAGGCGAGACACUUGUAUCAGGCAAAGAACACACGGGUCGACCACAACUACCGCUCAUCGUGCAGGAAGAGGCGGAGAAAGCAGCGGAUGCAGAUGAGACGCUGAACGUGUACAUCUGCGGGCCGAAGACGAUGCAGAACGAUGUGCGAAAUGCCGUUGCAGUCGAGAACCUGAAGAUCAUCACUGGUGCGAGGAGCGGGGGCGUGUAUUUACAUACUGAGCACUUUUCAUGGGCAUAG